AUGAGUGUUUCUGAAUCUUUUACACGUAUUGAAUCUUGGUUAUCAAAAAAUGCACCUAAUGUUCUUCGUCAAUUAAAUAAAUCUACUGUAACAAACGAUGAACUUAAUAAAGCAGAGUCAAUCUUAGGUGCAAAAUUUCCUCCAUCUGUACGUGAAGCUUAUACACAUUAUAAUGGUGAAUCAACCGAAUCAACAGGUUUAUUUGGUUCUUGGCGUUGGUUACCAUUAAAUGAAAUCAUUGAAUGGAAUAAUGAACAAAAACAAAAUGUUCAAAAAUAUAAGCUUGUAGAUUUUAAACCAUCAUUUAUGAUUCCAUUAUUAGAAUUAACAACAACACAUAGUGAUUUACGUUAUGUUGAAACAAGUGGAGAUGAUGGAAAAGAAGAAACACCAGUUAUUGAAUGGAAUCAUAAUCAACCAACUCGUGAUAUUAAAUAUGGAAGUUUUGAAAAUUAUUUAUCAACAUUUGCUGAAAGACUUGAACUUGGAGAAUAUAAUCCUGAUAGUAACAAUCCAGAUAAAGCACAUGGUCUUGUUCUUAAAAAUUAA